GAAUUUACAAGAUGUCCGACGAAGAAGUUAAGGUUAAAAAGGGCCGCAAAGCUGCAGCUGAAAGUACAAAACGAACCAAAAAUGAUGCUAAAGCAGAAGCUGAAGAAGAGGUCGACGCUCCGCCAGCCAAAAGAGGUCGUGGAAGGCCGAAGAGAGCGUCGAAAAAUAAGCCAGAAGCAAAGGAAAGCAAAGCUGAGGCAAAUGGAGUAGGUCGCCGGGGAAGAUCCAAGAAAGAAAAGGUGGAAUCAGCUGAAGAAGAGGUUGAUGAGAAAAGUAGCGAAAAUGCAGAUGAAGAUGAUGAAUAAGGAUAUUUUUU